CCUAAACCCCUCCGGUUUUGGAUUCGUCUCAUAAAUCCAGCUUCUUGGACUUACCCGUUGCUCGGACAGGCUUUCUUGAUUCGACGGCGGAGCUUUUCGCCGGCCGGAAUGGGAACGGAGUGCGAGAUGAGGGCUCUUAGCUCGCUGGAGCUUAUGCUGCUGGAUCUUCGGAGAGCGGAGCAGGAGCCACAGGAGGAUUCGAAGCCGCCGCCAUUACCGGCUCGGCCGGUCGUGAAGCUCCGGCCGCCGCGGCCGAGGAAGAAACAACCGUUCAUGUCCGGCAAGAGCCAGUUUCGCCAAGUGAAAGAGGGAAAAGAUGCUUUUCUUGAUUCUAUUCCUCAAUUGGAAUCCUCAGACAUGGGUGAUAGACUCAUUGAUUUUAAUGAGGAUGUAGAAGAAAAGGAGAGAAAAAAUUUACUGAAAGGGGUGAUGGUAAUUCAGAGAAGUUACAGAGGCCACCAAGCCUACAAUUACUACCAUGAGCUCAAGAGAGGAGCAAUUACACUUCAAUCAUGUAUUCGAGGCUGGUUUGCUCGAAGGGCAUUCACUAAACGAGUAGCAAAUCAAGAUGCAAACAAGACAGAAGUCGUUAAGAUUCCACAGAGAGUUUUACUUGAUCUUGGAAGAAAACGAAGAUGCAAUGCACGGAGAAGAUGUGGCAAAAUCACCUGACUUCCAUACAAACAAGACUAGCUGAAGCCAAGAGAAGACAUGCUGCUGCUGCUGCAGAACAUGGAUCU